AGAAAUUUAAAGGCCUGACAAUCUCUAUACAUACCACUUCACAUUCAUUCAUCUCCAUCCCAUCUGUGUCAUCAUUUAACAGUAUUAUUGUGCUUGCUCUCUGUUGUUGCAAAUCUGAUAUCAUGGGUCAUACAGUUGAUCAAGAAACUAAGAACCCUGAAAAAAUAGAUGUGAAUUCUUCGUAUUUUCGAUAUAAUUCUCCUUUAGUUCAGGUGGGGUUGAUUGGUCUAGUAUGUUUUUGUUGUCCUGGAAUGUUCAAUGCCUUAUCUGGCAUGGGAGGCGGCGGUCAGGUUGAUCCGACCGCAGCCAACAAUGCCAACACGGCCCUUUAUACCACUUUUGCUGUUUUUGGGAUCUUGGGUGGUGGGAUUUACAAUAUCUUAGGCCCAAGGCUCACCCUUUUUGCUGGUUGCUCUACUUACAUUCUUUAUGCAGGUUCUUUCUUGUAUUACAAUCAUCAAAAGCACCAGGCUUUUGCUAUUGUUGCAGGAGCUCUUCUCGGGAUCGGAGCAGGCUUGCUAUGGGCUGGUCAGGGGGCUAUUAUGACCUCAUAUCCUCCCCCUGAUAGAAAGGGAACUUAUAUCUCUAUGUUUUGGAGUAUUUUUAAUAUGGGGGGUGUUAUAGGGGGGUUGAUUCCAUUUAUUUUGAAUUAUAAUCGGAGUGAAGCUAGUUCGGUUAAUGAUGGAACUUAUAUAGGGUUCAUGGUUUUUAUGACCAUUGGAACUGUUCUUGCUCUAGCAAUCUUGCAUCCUAGUAAGGUUAUUCGGGACGAUGGUUCGGUUUGUACUAAUAUGAGGUACUCUGAUGUGAGGACUGAGCUCUGGGCAAUCUUGAAGUUGUUCUCGGACUGGAAAAUGUUGUUGAUGUUUCCGGCUGCCUGGGCUAGUAACUUUUUUUAUAGUUACCAGUUUAAUAAUGUCAAUGGGAUUUUGUUUAAUUUGAGGACUAGAGGAUUGAAUAAUGUGUUUUACUGGGGAGCUCAGAUGUUAGGUUCUGUUAUGGUUGGUUAUAUUAUGGAUUUUAGUUUUAAGAGUAGAAGAAUGAGGGGUUUGGCUGGUAUUACAGUUGUGGGAAUUCUUGGGACAGCUAUUUGGGGUGGAGGGCUUGCGCAUCAGCUUGGCUAUUCCCGCGGUGAUAAGCCUGAGAAACUAGAUUUUAAGGAUUCUGGUUCUGCUUUUGCAGGGCCAUUCGUGCUGUAUUUUAGCUAUGGACUAUUAGACGCAAUGUUUCAGAGCAUGGUUUAUUGGGUUAUUGGAGCUUUGGCUGAUGAUUCUGCUAUACUCAGCAGAUAUACUGGAUUUUACAAGGGAGUGCAGAGUGCAGGAGCAGCCGUUGCUUGGCAAGUGGAUACACGUAACGUAUCAUUCCUUUCUCAAUUGGCUGUGAACUGGUCACUAUGCACUAUCAGUUAUCCAUUGUUGGCGAUUUUAGUAAUUCUAGCAGUGAAAGAUGAGAGCAAAGUGGAAGAGGGAACUCGCAAUGAGGCUGCACAUUCAGACAGUAUCACAGAUUCGAAGGACAAUACAUAUGGUGGGCUUAGCAUGUCAACUUAAUUUGGCAUAUUAAUUUUGUUUCCAUGCUUUCAAGUGUCGUUACCUGUUCUGCAAAGUGUUUAUAUUUUAAAACUUGUAAUUUCAAUUUAGUUGUAAAUGUAGUGUUCCACACGUAUCCAAAGCAUCAAUAUACGCGAUUCAAACCUUUAUUCAGUGUGAA